AUGUCCAGCGUUGUCUACUAUGUCAAGGGAUUCUUUGCAUUGCUAGCACUUACUAGCUGCGCCGUUUAUGGUGUUAUUGCAUCUACUGUUUUGUCCUUGCUAGGCAAAAGAAACUUAUCCCAAUGGUCCACUGCACGGGUGUUCUAUGCCACGUUUAGCACUCUUUUCAACAUCAAGAUUGAAGUUGACAGACCUGAAAUUCUUGAAAAAUUGCCUGCCAUUUUAGUGUCAAAUCACCAGAGUGAACUGGACGUCUUCAUACUGGGAAAGGUCUUUCCUAAGAGAUGUUCUAUGACCAGUAAGAAACAAUUGAAAUGGGUUCCAUUUUUAGGACAGUUCAUGACCUUGAGUGGAGUGUUCUUCCUUGAUAGAGCAAACAAAAGCACUGCCAUCAGCACCUUAGAUACCGCUCUUCAAAAAUUGAAGAAUGAAAAGGGCGCGUUAUACAUUUUCCCAGAAGGCACUAGAUCUUAUGCCUUGGAACCAAAACUUCUUCCCUUCAAGAAAGGAGCUUUCCAUAUGGCUGUUCAAGGAGGCAUUCCAGUGAUACCUUUAGUUGCAUCGAAUACUUCCAGUCUUUAUUCUCCUAAAACUAAAACCUUCAAGUCUGGAGUGAUCAAAAUCAAGGUGCUAGAUCCAAUUGAAACGAAAGAUCUAACUAAGGACGACGUAGCCGAUUUGGCUCAAGAGGUAUAUGAUAAAAUGAAGACUGCGGUUGACUUGUUGGGUUAUUCUCCCACCAACGAUCAGCUAGAAGCUGAGACUGACGUCGAUACAGAAACUGAAUCGGAGACAGGAAAUACAUACACUGAUACGGAAGAGGAUAUCACCGUCCCUGGCGAGACCACUCAGCUGUUAGAUAAAUAG